AUGUCCACUCUGUUGGAUGAGACAUCGGCUGAUGUGCCGGUCAGAGACAUCACAGUGAAUCUGUCCAGACUCUCUGGAGCUCCACAAGGUCUGAUAUGAUCCAAACAACAUUUAUCUUCAUUUAGUUUGUGUGUUCCUCUUAAUGUUUAACAUGCAUAUAUCAUUGAAAUGACAUAUGUUCUAAGAUUUAAAUGACAGUCACUGAAUGACGGACCAGAAUCUAAAAUGAUAAACCUGAAUAUUUAAUGAGCUUUAUUUGGUUUCUCCUUCCUUGGUGUCGUCUCUCUUAUCUGCUGCUGAGAUGUUACAGGUAUCUUGUUGAAUCCAGAUCCAUGAUAAUGUAAACAUAACUCGUUCCUGUUCAGGUGGUUCAGAUCCGUGGGUGUAUCAGGAUGCUCGGACCCGACAGGACAUCUCUCGGGUGUCCAGAGAGGAGCUGGAGGACCGGUUCCUGCGCCUCCAUGAGGAGACGCUGCUGCUCAAACAGCACAACAACAAACAGGAGGACAAGAUCAAGAAGUGAGGGACACACACACACACACACACACACACACACACACACACACACACACACACACACACACACAGCUGACCUCUCAGACCACACUCUUCAGUUUCUCCUCUAAUCUCUCCUCUGCUUCCUUUUCCUCCUCCUCAUCUCUGUUCUUUAACUUCUUCACCUCCACAUGCUCCCUCUUUUCCUCCCUUCUCUUCCUCCUUUGCCUUCAUCACUUUCCUUUCUUCCUUUCCUUUCCUUUCUCCCUCUAUUUUCUUGUCUUUCCUUUCCUCCUCUCAUCUCUCUUUCCUCUCUUUUGUCUUCCCUCUUUCUUCUCUCUCCUUCUGUCUCCUCUCCUUUUCCUCUCCUCUCUCCACCUCUCUCUUCUUUCUCCUCCUUCUCUCCUUUCUCCUUUCUUUUCCUCAUCACACCCCUCUUCCUCCACUCUCCUCUUCCUCUCCCCCUCCUCCUCCUCUCUCCUCCUCCUCUCCUCCUCCUCCCCCCCCUCCUCCUUCUCUCUCAUCCUCUCUCCUCCUCCUCUCCUCCUCUCUCCUUCUCCUCUCUCCCUCUCCUCUCCUCUCCCCCCCUCCUCCUCCUCUCCUCCUCUCUCCUCCUCCUCUCUCCUCCUCUCAUUCUCUCUUCUCUCCUCCUCUCUCCUUCUCCCUCUCUCCUCUCUCUUCUCCUCUCUCCUCCUCCUUCUCUCUCAUCCUCUCUCCUCCUCCUUCUCUCUCCUCUCUCCUCUCUCCUUCUCCUCUCUCUUCUCCUCUCUCCUCCUCCUUCUCUCUCAUCCUCUCUCCUCCUCCUUCUCUCUCAUCUUCUCUCCUUCUCCUCUCUCCUCUCUCCCUCUCCUCUCUCCUCUCUCCUCCUCCUCCUCCUCCUUCUCUCUCAUCCUCUCUCCUCCUCCUCUCUCCUUCUCCUCUCUCCCUCUCCUCUCCUCUCUCCUCCUCCUCCUCUCCUCCUCCUCCUCCUUCAGGCUGGGCACUAAGCUGAUGCGUCUGGUGAAGGACCGUGGUCGUAUGGAGCAGCUGGCGGUGGGCGGGGCUCAGCCGGCCUCGAGGGUGAGGGACGUGGAGACGGAGGAGAAGAUGGAGGAGCUGCAGGAGAAGGUCCGGGUCCUGCAGGGGGAUAACGAGGGCCUGAAACAGCGCCUCCUGGUGGCCAAACAGCAGCUGGUGAACUCUCAGAGCAGGAGGCCGGCGCCGUACGGACACGUCCAGUCUCGAGUUAACUCGGGGUUAAAGAGGCUGAGAGACGACGCCUCGCCUCCGCCGCGACCGAGGAGUGAGUCUGUGAUGUUUGAGGAUAUGAGGAGUGGAGGGCGGAGUCUGUAAUUAAAGGGGGCGGGGUUCUUCCUGUCCGGGUUCAGGUCUAAACUCUUCACUUCUGAUCCAGGUACGAGGAGUCUGGAGGGCGGAGGGAGACCCCCGACCGGCUUCUUACCUCGAUACGGACACAACCUGCUGGAGGAGGCCCGGGCCGAGAUCCGCAACCUGUGAGUCCUGAAGAGUCUAGAUCUAAAAGUCUAGAUCAGACCUGUCUAGAUCUAGACUUAGACUAGACUCUAGAUCAGACCUGUCUAGAUCUAGACUUAGACUAGACUCUAGAUCAGACCUGUCUAUGCAGAUCUGGUCUGAAGGUCCCAAACACGGCGCUCUAUCCUCCAGAACAAAUGAAUGACACUGAACUCUGCUUCAGACUCUUUAUCUCAUCUCCUGUGAAGUUCAGAGUCUUUGAAGGACACGUGUUUGGAUGUUCAGUCACCAGUGGUCGUCGUGUCAGCAGAGUUCAGCGGACCAAAGCUGACCAGGUAUCUUCUGUCCAUCAGGGAGAACGUGAUCGAGCUGCAGAGGAGCCACAUGGAGGAGACUGAGGGAGCGUCCGAGCUGCUGAGGGAGGAGCUGAGGAGGAAGGAGGCCGAGUACGAGGAGAGACUCCUGCAGGUCCGACAGCAGCAGACCUCCAAGAUGAGGUGAGACCAGGUCUCCUCUGUGUGUGUGUGUGUGU